GAAAAAGGAAAAAAGGGUUGAAAACUCAGGAAACCCCUCUGGACUUUCAGAGACUUCGUAGAACGUCACCGGAAAUGGAAGGUUCCGACGAGAUUCUGCUCAGCUCGCUGAAGAGUGUGGGGAUCUCGAUCCCAGAAGAAGUUGCGUCGGUUAGUGACCUGACGCCGGCAGUUCUGGUGUCGAUCUGCCGGCAAUCCCUUCAGCUCCUUGGUCAGGUUGGUGAGUCAUCUCCUGCUUCAGUUUCCGAUUCCUCCGACUCCAUGGCUGAAAAGUUCAAGAUCUGUACAGAUAUGGCGUUGGCUUUCAAGAAUCUGGGUUACAUAGGGGACCUAAGUUAUCACAAGUUCCUGUAUCCAUCCGAAGAGGACUUGUACAAGUUCAUAAGAUUUCUGGUGGAGAGGCUUUCUGAGUGUUCUGAAGGCUUAAAUGUUUCUGGAGGGAAGGCUGCUAUCGCUAAGCUGGGAGCUGAAGGGCAAAAUUUUGAGAGAAUAUCUGAAGAUGAGCAACAGAAGCUUGACAAUGAAGGGGUGGAUCUAAAUCUUCAAAAGGUUGAAGCAAUAUUGAAAGAUAUUAGACUAAAUACUGAAAUACCUGAGUCAUCUAUUUUUGAGGCUGAAAGUGCAGUUCUCAUUGGAUCCCAUAAGCUUCUUGAUAUCCCACAGAAUUUGGAUGAACUUGCUGCUGAUGAUACAUCGAGCUCAGAAGAAGAAAAUUUCUUCAAGAAUGAUCUCUUUGGUGUUGUACGUAGAAAGGAUUCCAGUGCAGAUUCUGGGGAAUCAGGAACAAAUGCUUCCCCAAAUGUAGCUGAUCAAGAAGAUGAUAAACAUGAUUCAGUAUUUGGAGAGAAAGCAAAUUCUCAUCUAAAGCAGUCUUCUGAGAUACAGAAUGAAGCCGGAACAUCGGAAGAACAAGAAAAAGUGCUUGAGGGGGAGUUGAAUGCAAAGACUUUAGAACUUCAGCUUCUUGAAGAAGAGUUACAGUUGCUGGAGGCAGCAGCAGAUAUGGCAUUCAAUCAAAAUCAUCCAAUUGAAUCAUACCUGGAGCAACUCAAUGAGCAAGUGAAUGCCAAGAGCCAUAAUAUUGCAAAACUAAAAUUGCAGUGGAAUGCUUUUAGAAACCCUCUUGAAGAGAAAAAAAGAAGUCUUGAGGAUUCUAUGUAUGCAAGCAACCCGGUGGCUCAACAAAAACUCCAAAAGUUGAGAGAAGUUGAGCUGGAAAUUCAAUCCAUUUUGUCAGAAAUUAGGAGAAGGAAGGAGGAACACUCAAAACUUUCUGCGGAUCUCAAGAAGCAACCCAAAGUAUCAACUAGGAGAUCCUAUAUUGAGCGGAUAAAGGAGAUCACAAAGAACAGUCGCAAACUUGACACUGACAUAGAGCAGAUCAUAAAAGUGACAAGGGAGCUUCAGCUAGAGAGUAAUUCCAUACGGGAACGCCUCCAUAGGACCUAUGCAGUUCUGGAUGAAAUUGUCUUCAGGGAAGCAAAGAAAGACCAGGUGGGGCGACAGGCAUACAGGCUUCUCACUAGCAUACACGAGAGCUUUGAGCAAAUCUCGGAGAAAAUUCUUGCCACCGAUAGAGUACGAAGAGAGGUUGCUGACCUUGAAAAGAAGCUUUCAGCCAUGGCCUGCCAAAGCGUAAAUGUGGACAAAUUGCAAGCAGAUCUUGAUGCCAUCAGGAAGGAGAAUGAAUACUUGGGGCAACAAUUAUCAACAUAAUUGAUCGUAGAAUAGAAGCUUCACCCACAGUACAGUUUUAAUCAUGGUUAAAAUUUGAAUUUAAAGACGGCCACCAUUUGAGUUUGAACACAAUACAGUUGUUGCAUGUAUUGAGUAGAAAACAAUCAAAAUACAGCAGGAUACAUUAUCAUCUCUUUCCUCAAGCUUCAGAGUUGUUUCUAGCUUUUACUCUUUUCUCGAAAUCUAAUAUAACCUGUGAAAGACC